CAAUAUUGUGGAGCCAAGUAAUGAAGAACUUCCUCCCCCGUCAAAGCCAGGAAUGUAUCAGCUGGACAUUGUGUUGAAGAAGGGCAAUAAUCUGGCCAUCAGGGACAGGGGAGGGACCAGUGACCCAUAUGUGAAGUUUAAAAUCGUAGGGAAGGAGGUUUUCCGCAGCAAAACGAUCCACAAGAACCUGAACCCAGUAUGGGAUGAGAAAGUCAGUCUGCUGGUGGAGAGUUUGAGAGAGCCACUCUACGUGAAGGUCUUUGACUAUGACUUUGGGCUGCAGGAUGACUUUAUGGGCUCUGCAUACCUCUAUUUAGAAUCCCUGGAGCACCAAAGGACCUUGGAUGUGACCCUUGACCUCAAAGAUCCCCACUAUCCCAACCAUGACCUGGGUUCACUGGAACUGGCAGUCACACUUAUUCCAAAAGAGGGAGACUUCAGGGAAGCAACCAUGCUUAUGAGAAGGAGCUGGAAACGAUCCAGUAAGCAUCAGAGUCUGAGGUUAUCAGACGUUCACAGAAAGGCUCAGCUGUGGAGAGGCAUUGUUAGCAUCAGUCUCAUUGAGGCCCGUGACCUCCAGCCUAUGGAUGCCAAUGGCCUCAGUGACCCUUAUGUCAAAUUCAGAAUGGGACAUCAAAAGUACAAAAGUAAGACAAUACCAAAAACGCUAAACCCCCAGUGGAGAGAGCAGUUUGACUUCCACCUGUAUGAUGAACAGGGCGGUUUCAUUGACAUCACCAUCUGGGACAAAGAUGCAGGAAAGAAAGAUGACUUCAUGGGCAGAUGCCAGGUGGACCUCUCUGUUCUCUCAAAGGAGUGCACACACAGGCUGGACCUGCCUCUGGAGGAGGGUGACGGCACACUGGUGCUGCUGGUCACUCUCACAGCCUCUGCUGCCGUCUCCAUCGCUGACCUGUCCGUCAAUGUAUUGGACGACCCCCAUGAGAGGAAGGAGAUUCUCCACAGAUACAAUCUGCUCAGAUCCUUUCACAAUAUUAAAGACGUGGGCAUGGUGCAGGUGAAGGUGAUCCGAGCGGAGGGGCUGAUGGCAGCUGAUGUUACAGGCAAGAGUGACCCCUUCUGUGUAGUGGAGCUCAGCAACGAUCGGUUACAGACACACACCGUGUACAAAAACCUCAACCCAGAGUGGAACAAAGUCUUCACGUUCAAUGUGAAAGACAUCCACUCAGUCUUAGAGGUGACUGUCUAUGACGAAGACAGAGACCGAAGUGCCGACUUCUUGGGCAAAGUGGCUAUUCCGUUGUUAAAUAUCCAAAAUGGAGAACGCAAAGCUUACGCCUUGAAAAGCAAGGAACUGACAGGGCCAACCAAAGGGGUCAUCUUUCUCGAAAUAGACGUGAUUUAUAACAUUGUAAAAGCCGGCAUGAGAACUUUGAUUCCCAUCGAACAGAAAUACAUCGAAGAUGAGCCACGAGUGUCCAAACAGCUGCUGCUGCAUAACUUCAACAGAGUGAGGCGCUGUAUAAUGUUCCUGGUCAAUGCUGGCUGCUAUAUCAACAGCUGCUUUGAGUGGAAGUCUCCUCAGAGGAGCAUCUGUGCCUUUCUGCUUUUCGUUGUGGUUGUGUGGAAUUUUGAGCUCUAUAUGGUCCCGCUGGUUCUCCUGAUGCUGCUGGCCUGGAACUACGUUCUCAUUGCUUCAGGGAAGGACACGAGACAUGGAGAUGUGCAAGCUGUGGAGGAUUUGCUGGAGGACGAGGAGGAAGACUUUGACAGAGAUGACAAGGACUCAGAGAGAAAGGGUUUCAUGAAUAAGCUGUAUGCCAUUCAGGAUGUGUGUAUCAGUGUCCAGAAUGUUCUGGAUGAAGUGGCCUCCUAUGGUGAGAGGAUAAAGAAUACUUUCAAUUGGACUGUGCCUUUUCUCAGCUGGCUGGCCAUAGUUGCCCUGUGUGCAGCCACUCUUGUGGUGUACUUCAUUCCUCUCAGAUACAUCGUACUGGCCUGGGGGGUGAACAAGUUCACCAAAAAACUGCGAGACCCGUACAGCAUCGACAACAAUGAGCUGUUGGACUUCUUGUCCCGAGUGCCCUCAGAUGUUCAAAUGGUGCAGUACCGAGAGCUGAAAGUGGAGCCCAGUCACAGCCCAAACAAAAGAAAGAAAAAUAACCCAGGAUAGCUCCUCUUCUCGCACGGAUGCUCUCCCAACGCCAAGGAGAAGGAGAGGACUGACUGGCAACCAGCCUCUUUCUGUCUUUCUUCCUCGCUCUUUUUCUCUGCAGCGUGGAGAGUUAAAGAGCGCGGUCAGAGUGAAAACGGGACCGUUGUUAAUUACCAUCCGUCCUUUUUUUUGGGUUUAUUUUUGCGGCGGGGAA